AUGCAGUUGGUUGUCCCUCGUCCGAGGACCUCUUCAGGGACGACUCCGACCAGCGAUGUUUCAAAUCCACAACAAAGUCUCUCGCCCAGUGGGCUGAAGAACCUUUCAGUUGAUUCCAAUACCGCAAUUUGGAGAAUCCCAGACAAAGUGUGGCAUUCUGCCAAAGACGAGAAUGUGUCGGAACAGCAACGCGGGUGGAUCAACAGCUGGACAAAGACAAAUCCCUCUUGUCGCCAAGAGCUACUGACCGAUCGCUCUGGGGAGGAAUUCGUUCGCAUUCAUUUCCAAGAAACUCGACCGGAUAUUGUCGAGGUCUACCAAGCAAUCCCGAUCCCGAUCUUGCGCGCAGACCUUCUUCGUUACUUGAUAGUGCUCGCGGAGGGCGGCUAUUGGAGUGAUCUGGACGUCACAUCAAAGAAACCAAACAGUCACUGGGUGCCGUCGGAAUAUAAGACUCGCAAUAUUGAUAUGGUUGUUGGGUUGGAAUUUGACUUUGCAUACCGGGGACCGGGGACAGAGGUUGCAUCCCAGUUCUGUAACUGGGUGUUCGCAGCGCAACCGUCCUCGCGUAAUCUCCAAAUAAUUGUUGACUCCGUUAUCAGCAAACUAAAAGAGGUCGCCCAGGCUAAUGGCGUCGCUGUCUCGGGUAUCAAGCUGGAGAUGCUGAAGGACGUUGUCAAUGUGACCGGACCUAAGAUCAUGACGAUUGCGAUCUUAGAAAGCCUAGGCCAGUUGUUAGGCCGGACCGUCGAUGACCGCGACUUCUCAGGAAUCAAACACCCGAAACUGAUUGGGGAUGUUCUUAUCAUGCCAGCCGUUUCGUUUGCUGCAUCUCAAAAUGGAUAUCCGACAGACCAAGGCUAUGCCCUCGUGACACACCACUACGAGGGUUCGUGGAAGCAGGCGGAUGCUGAGGCGAAAGCAAGGAAGAAACAGAAAGAACAGGAACAGCAAACACAAUGA